GUAAGCAUGACAUUGUGUAACACGUUUCCGUAAAGCUUUGCUAUGGAUAACUUUCUUUUGAAUCGAUAAAUUAAGAAUGUCGACUUCCUCGCUCUGAAAUCUGGCGUGUAGCAUCGGUUUGACUUCUUAACGGAUGUGAGGCUCGUCUCUAAGAAAAAUGUCAACCAAUAAUCAACCUCGACAUUGGUAUGCUAUUGACAGGCCUCUGUUACCUGUCAAGGGCAUCUAUUUCUUCUUUUUUGCAGCUGUUGGAGACCUACUUCCAUUCAUCUCAGUAUUUAUGCGACACUUGGGACUGUCAUCCACAGAGACAGGUAUCAUCUAUGGCGUCAUGCCUUUAAUUACUCUCCUUGUGCGCCCACUCGGGGGAAUAUUGGCUGACAAGAUGAUGAUACACAAGCUGAUGAUAGCAGUAUGCUCUUUGCUGACCGGAAUUUCAUAUUGUUGUCUCCUUCUCACCCCUGCCAAAUCACCUGGUGAAUUCCAAUCGACACAGAUGCCUUUAGCAAGGACUAAAGUGCAAUGCAGUCCAUUAGAUUCAUUUGUGAAUGACUGUGCAAAAAAUGGGUCUACAUGUCCAAAAAGCAUUGGAACUUUAUUGGAAAACGGCGUGUACAAUAAGUCAAACCUUCAGUGUGAAUUCAACUGUAUUCGUAGCAAGAUAAAUCCAAGUCCCAGCUCCAAGGCGUGUUUCACUCAAACCACCGGUAGUCUUGUGUCAGGCAAUUGUGAUAAUACACCAAUAGAUACUGCAAAGGGAGUGCGGUUUGAGUCCAAAUUGCAGGACAUCUUAAACAAUAAAAUUGUUGGUAGCAACUCCACUGAUUUAGACCAAGUUUGUGUAGACUAUGAUUUAAGGCAUAUGACUUUCAAUGGGACAGAGUACUGGCAGAUGCUGUGUGAUUCUGAAGUAUCACUUGACUGUGAGAUCACCUUUGCCAACUUGACAGAUUUCCAGGCAUGUCCAUAUGUUACAGAAACAUCAAAGCUGAGCAAUACAUUCUGGAUAUUUUUCAUAAUAUUUUUUUUUGCCAAUAUCGUCAUGUCGCCAGUGUUUACCCUCAUUGAUGCUGUUGCCUUCGACAUGCUGGGACCCAAACCAGAACUCUGGGGUAGACAGAGGCUAUGGGGGACCAUUGGUUUUACAGCUUUUGCUGUUACCUCCACAUUUAUCAUGGACGCUAUAAGCCAAUCACAUAAAACCAUCAAUUAUUCAGUAUCCUUCUACAUUUUUAUGGGUCUUACCACUAUAUCAGCUUUUGUCACCUACUUUCUGAAUCCAAAAAAUGUUCAAAGUGCUCGGCUAUUAAAAAAUUUGAAGCCCUUGUUGACCUUCAAAAUAUUAGCUUUCCUUCUGGUGAUGAUGAGUUUUGGAAUGAUGAAUGUGGUUAUUGAGGCUUAUUUAUUCUGGUUUUUACAAGAGCUGGGAGGUCCACAAAAACUCCUUGGACUUUGUGUCGUCUUCAGUUGCAUUCCAGAAAUGAUCAUGUUCCACUUUGCUGGAGCUUUCAUUAAAAAGUUUGGAAAUAUCCCUUGUGUACUUUUAGCAUGUCCAGCAUAUGCUGUAAGAUUUUUCUGCUAUUCGUUUCUUUCUAAUCCAUGGUUUGUUUUGCCUGUAGAGAUGACUCAUUGUUUUACGUUUGCACUAAUGUAUGCCUCGGCCACUGGUUAUGCAAACUCCAUUUCACCUGAAGGACUUUCUGCUACCAUGCAAGGUGUACUAGCGGCAGUGUACUGGGGUAUUGGGAAGGGUAUUGGAAGUCUAGUCACUGGAACAAUGUAUGACAGUGUGCAUGGUAUCGGGCCCAGGUGGACAUUCAGGUUGUAUGGGUUUUUCGCACUGGGGGUGUUGGCGUUAUACGGCAUCGUCCAUUUCUUCUUUUUCCGAAAGAAGCAGGCAUCUAAGGAAGUCGACAUGACAGUAACAUACGAAGCAAACAAAGACGAGGAUGGAGCUCAGCCAGAAGACAAGCUGCUCUCGCCAGCCAACCAGAGUGGUGUGGAACUAAAGGACAUGAGCAGCUCUGGGAACCACAUGUAACAGACAGACAUGAGCAGCUCUGGGAACCAUGUGUAACAGACAGAAGACAUGAGCAUGCAGCAGCUCUGGGAACCAUGUGUAACAGACAGACAUGAGCAGCUCUGGGGAACAAAAGUGAAAAAUACUGUAAAAUCAUUGUUUUUGUGGGACAUUAAUUUUGAUUAAUAUAUAAAAAAGAAGAGGAAUUUGUAUUGGUCAUUUUACGAUAUGUUUGUGUUAAAAUUGUGGAUCGGUCAUUCCAUGAAUUUAACACAAACAUUUUGGAAAAUGACAGUUAGAAUCAGUGAUUUCUUUUGCUCAAACUUACCGCCAAUUUUCGGCUGCUUCCCAAUCGCAAAAUUCCACGUUUUUUCCCAAAAAUCUGACCAAAAUUUCCCAAAAAAAGCCAUACUAAAAAAAAAAAAAAUUUUUUUUUUUAAGAUAGAAGUCUCUUAUGACUUAAUUAUGAUUUCUUAACUCUAGAUCUCAUCUUUAUUUUUUAAACAUCCUAAAAAAUAUAUAAGGUUAAUUUAGUCUUUUUUGUCUAUAAAUAAUUCCCAAAUCUGCCACUUUUAUCAAGUAAAAUAAAAAAAAUCCCUAUUUGACCAGACUCCUUUUCCUUAAAUGGCUAGAAAAACCCCUGAACAUGCACUUAAAAACAAUAUUAAUUCUGUUACUUAUAAUCAUAUUUAUAAUGCUUAAUUUUUCCCAAUUUCAUGAUUUAUCGCGCUAUUUUUCCCAAUUUCACAGUUCAUCGCGCUAAUUUUCCCAAUUCAAAUGACACAGGCUGUAACAA